CCGUUACGAACCAAAUCCGCUUUCCGUGGUGACCUGUUCGAAGCAACGGGGAGUUUUCUUUCAUCAAUCAACGCGUGUGGUGUGAAGUAUUCGGUUGUGUGAACUAUUCCCGUUUUUCUAUCGUUGCUCUCCGCGAGUUAUCCUAGAUACAAAAAAUCUUGCUACCAGGAAUUGUGAUAUUUUUUAGUUUUUGAACUUAAUUUAUUUUUUGUAUCGGAACCGGACAGAACAGAACACAAAUUAUUGUUCCCACUUUCAUUCGGACCCGUGUAUUUCGAGGAAUCCCCGUUAAUAAUAAUUUGUUGUAUGAGUCAGAAAGCCGAAAGACCAGUACUAUCAGGUCAACGCAUCAAGACCAGGAAAAGGGAUGAAAGAGAGAAGAAUGAUCCCACGGGAUUCCGUGACGCGGUCAUUGCAGGUCUUGAAGCAGCUGACGAUCUAGAGCAAAUUUCCAAGUUUUUAGACAGUGCCGGUAACAAACUUGACUAUCGUCGCUACGGAGAAGUAUUAUUCGAUAUUCUGAUUGCUGGUGGAUUACUUGUACCCGGAGGAUCUAUCUCACAAGAUGGCGAGAAACCACGUACCGAUCGCUGUCUAUUCGCAGCACCGGAAGACAUGGAAUCGAUGCGUAACCAUGAGCAGAUCUUCACCCGGCUUAUGCGUCGAUACAAGUACCUCGAGAAAAUGUUUGAGGAGGAAAUGAAGAAGGUCUUAAUCUUCAUCAAGGGUUUUACUCCACUGGAAAGACUCAAGCUAGCUCGUAUGACUGCGUUGUGGAUUGUAAACAAUUCCAUACCGCCACACGUGCUGCUUGUGUUGAACAACGAGCACCUGACGAAGGAUGGUCUCGCACUCGAGUUCCUGCUCGAGGUGUUCGUCACCUUCAAGCAGGAAAAGGGCGCGUCCCAGCUAGUAGCGGUUCUGCGCAAGGGCGGUCUCGACAUCCGUCUACUGGACUUCUUGCCGAUCAAUAAACGCAGUGAGGAGUACCUCAAAGCCGUUUUCUUCGAGAAGGACCUGGCGGACAUCUUCAAGCUUCACAUGGCUCAGGCGAGCCAGGAAGCGAAACGCGAAUUGACGCAGCUACUGGUCGACGAUAUUAACGAUAACAAAUCAGCUAAAGAUAUUAUAGCCGACAUUAAGGAUAUGUCGGCCAGAUCAAACAUUCCCGAACAUGAAGUCAUCGGUCUUAUUUGGAACACCAUAAUGUCGCUAGCCGAGUGGAACAAGAAGGAAGAAUUGGUGGCUGAACAAGCGCUGAAGCACUUGCGUACCUACACGCAACUGUUCGAAGCAUUCACCAGCACCGAUCGCUCGGAGAUGGCUCUGCUAUUGAAGGUGCAGGAGUUCUGCUACGAAAACAUGAACUUUAUGAAGGCGUUCCAAAAGAUCGUGCUGCUGUUCUACAAAACCGAGGUUGUUUCUGAGGACUCGAUCCUUAAAUGGUACAAGGAAGGACACUCGAACAAGGGCAAAAUGCACUUUUUAGAGCAGAUGAAGAAGUUUAUCGAAUGGCUGCAAAGUGCCGAAGAAGAAAGCGAAUCUGAAGAGGAGGAUUAAACAGCGCUCCCCUAUGAUGAGCUCACAACUUUAUAACGAUUAUCGUGAAGCAACGACGAGACUCUUAAAACCACACACACGCGCAUACAUUAUCUACCACGCGAAAUGCAGCAUUAUUUAUUCACAAACAACCAAACUAUCAUGAGACAAAAAGAGAGAAAAUAUUCUGGCGAAUUGUGAGCCAAAGCGAAAUCAUACGUGGAAUGACCGUAAAUUUUAUCUGGGAUAUAUAAACACUCGUGGAGAGCAUCAAACUCAUCUCUAGAUUUCUAGGAAGUACGAUAGAAAAAAACGGCAAACCGUUGAAACAAAUUUAUACAAAAAAGCGUAAUAAAAACUGCUAAACAGUAAACCGAACCCAAAAA